AUGGCCUUGCCAGCCGCUGCUCAUUCUCUCUUCCCCGCCCGUCGCAAUGGCUUCUCCUCCAGUCGCCCUCGCUUCCCCGCCCGUCGCCUUCUCUCCCCCUCCCAUAGCUCGUCUUUAUCCCCUCCAUUCCCCCACCCUAAGCUCUCUCUCUUCCCCCCUGCUCACUCUCUUCCCCCCCUUCACUCUCUUCUCUCCUGUUCACUCCCAUUCCCCCUGCUCACUCCCUCUAUCCUCACCCCCUUCCGCGCGACGUCUCCCUUCCCCCGGGUCCCCGCUCCUCCCUCUCCCCCCUCUCCCGCCCCCCUCUUCGCGCCCCACUCUGCCCCGCUCCCCGUACCAGGCCAGGAGCUGGCGCAGCGAUUCGCGGCGAUGGGUGCGCGGCUGAUCCUCUCCGCGCGCUCCGCGGAGCGCCUGCAGGCGGUGGGCGCCUCCUGCUGCGGAACGCACGCGCCGGAGGGGGUGGUGGUGCUGCCGUUCGACCUCAAAGGGGGAGCAGACGUGCUGCACGACGCAGUGCGCCAGGCGGAAAGCGUGCUCCGCGGGGAGGAGGCGCGUGGAGAGGAAGGGCCGUGCGGAGCUAAAUUCCCUUCUCCCCCUCCUCGUCCCCCCUCCCCCCCCACCCUUCCCCGCCUUUCCUCUCUCUUCCCCCCUUUCCCGCUCGCCAUGCUAGAAGUCAACGUGGCUCGUUGCUCGCCCCGUCAGGUCGACCACCCUCUCUCCCUCCCCCUUCCCCUCCUUCCCCCCUUUCCUCUCUCUCUCUCCGCGUCCUACAUUCGCUCCCUUCCCUCCCCUCAUCAGGGCAUGUUCGAUGUCAACGAGGUGGCCACCAUAAGGCUCAUGUGUUACACCUCUCCUUGCUCUCUCCCCCUCUCUGUUCCGCUCCUCCUUCUGCCUGCAUCCUCCCCCCCCCCUCCUCUUCCUUUUCCCCCCAUCAGGGCAUGUUAG